AUGCUUCUUGUCCCGCGUGGCAGCGCCUUACCGACCACUAUCUCGUUGCUUUUGGAGCUCUCCUGCCUCGUCUACCUCCUGCACCCAUGUGCUGAUGCUGAUGCCUCCACCGAAGACCUUCUGCACAGUGACAACGGCUCGCUUCGACCGUCUCUAGCGCCCUCAAUCGCUCCAGAGGUCCCAUUUUCCAGUCCCGAAUCCACUGCAGCCUCUUCCAGUACCCAUUUUAGUCGUGAAAAUGGGUCACAAGGUACGCUCGAUCUAGUGGAGACAGCUGCCGAUGUCUCAAUUGAUCAAGUUGAAGACCAUCUGCAUCUGGUUGAGCAGCUCGAACGGUCAGUGGACAAAAGUGUGCGGGAAUUGGGGUCCACGGACGAGAGACUCACAUACACUCGCUCGCAACUUCAAGAGAGGGAGCACGUCCGAGAUGGUCUGGUGCUGGUGCAGUCGGAUCUGAAGCGAUUGGCUCGAGGCCUUAAUCGGACGCUACUGGAGCUCGAACGUGUCGAGCAAGAAGAAGCUCUGCAGUCAAAGAAGCUUCAGGACGUGCUGGCAGUGCAAGAAGAAGAAGAGCGUGAACAGCAGCUGGAAAAGGAAGGGAUCCAAGACAUGGACUACGAGACGGGACAUUUGAAACACACGACAGGACUUAACACGGAACAGUUGAAGAAGCUGGAAGCAGUUGAAAAGAUGGCCGAUCCCGCAGUGUUGCACUAUGAUAUGGAGCUGCUGGCUCAAAUUGCAGUGCUGCUCGGAGGGUCCGCGGUUGGAGGGAUCGUGGCCACGUACUUUAACGUACCUCCACAUGCUGGGUAUCUACUGGGUGGAGCGCUCGUGGGACCGUCGUGUUUGGGAUUUGUACGACGGUACAAGGAAGUGGAGACGAUCUCGCUUUUUGGGUCGGUGUUUUUGCUGUUCGGACAUGGAGCCGCGUAUUCCCCACAAGAGCCGGAGGACGUUCUCAGGAAAUAUUUUGUUGGAGGUGUGGCAUAUAUCGUGUCCACGGUGCUGCUAGUUGCUGGAGGGGCGGUCCACAUUGGCUGGACGGAUUCGUUUAUCGAGGGACUGAUCAUUGGUCUAGGCGUCUGUUUUUCGACCACCGCUCCUCUGUACGAGCACAUUCGAGAAAAUGGGAUUCAGGACUCGUCUUUUGGCCGGACAGUGACAUCCAUCAUUGCGAUUCAAGACAUUCUGAUGAGCUUUGCUCUAGGCACACCUGAAUGGUUUUCCGUGCGUUCAGUUGGGUGGAUCGGUGUGGCCAUGGUACAGACUGUAAUAGCAUACGCUGUGGUCGUGAGUAUGACGAUUUGCCUACACAAACACGUGGUGCCCAAGCUACUCCGCUUUCUGACUGCAAUGGAAGAGAUCCACAAUUCGCCACUAGUCCUUCUUGGAGUGGUGUCUGUGUGCUUGUUCAUGGCACUCUUCUCCGAGACGAUUGGACUUUCGCUUGAGUGCGGGGCUUUCAUGGCUGGGCUAGCUUUUGUGCACGUGUCGGGCAACGCAAAGGGGGCCUUCAUGUCGAUUCGAGUGAUGGAAAAUCUCUUUGGUAGCAUGUUCUUUGCUAGCGUCGGUAUGAUCUUGAACCCGAUGUUUUUGAUCUGGAACGCUGGUGAGGUCUUGUCCAUGGUGCUUUUGAUCGUGUGCAUCAAGACAGUGUCCAUGACAGGCGUGAUGACAUUCUUCCGAAUCGAUCCGCGAAAAGCACUAAUGGCUGCUGUCGGUCUCUGUCAGAUUGGCGAGCUGGCACUCAUUUUUAUGAUCAAGGCCCACGCGUCUGAGCUUGUGUCCCGCCGGACUUACUUACUCUUCGUAGCUGCUAUCUCGGUCUUCCUAGCGUGCUCAUCCAUCUUCAACCGACGAAUAGUUGUCGCUCGUCGAAUGUCGCAUUACCGAUUGCCUUCGACAAUCGAAGACAAGCUAGUGGAUCAGCAACGGACUUCACGUAAUCACACGGACACCGUUUGUGCAGCACAACCGAGUGAUGUGUGCAUAGGUUCAAGUGGAGAAGAGGAUGCAAGUUUUUUACCGUCAAGGACACGACGACAGCAUCUACACCGAGAACCCGUGGACCAUUAG